AUGUCACCCAACGCAUCGCACCUCAUCCUCCAAUACAAGGGAUUGCAGUUGGUUACGUCUGAUUAUCAAACACGGAACCAAGACUUCAUGAUGGAGGUUGAGGAUGAUAUGGAGUGUGAACAGGAGACUCUGGGUCUGAAGAACAAAGGGGAUGGAGGGCUUGGUGAAAAUGACAUGGCGGAGGAUCAAGAGGACAAAAACAAGGAUGAUGGAAAUGAAGAUGAAGAGAUGUCUAAUGGCGACAAUGACAAUACAACAGAUGAAACUACUGUUACAGCCAAAUCCAAAGACCACGCAAACUGGAAGCUCAAGCCUGAGGUCAAGGCAUUGCUCAAAUCGGCAUCCAAGGGAGUUAGUGAAGGAACGGAUGCUGCUUAUCGAAGUCUGAUGAAACAGUGCACUAAAUUUGUCAAGGAAAAUCAAUGGAUUGGAGACAAUGAAGACUUUUUCCGGCCAGAGCCUCACCCAGAAUUGCCUGAAAUGAUUGUUUCGUGGAUUCUAUCAGACUGCGAUUCCUACAAUUUAGAUGGUUCCGUAAAGCCUCCAAAUGAAGAACGCAGCACCUAUGCUCAUGCUCAAAAGAUGCGCGCCGCGGCAACAUUUGGUUUCGGGCAUAUUCAUGGCCUUGAAACCGGUCUUGGGAGCGCAGCUCAAGCAGGAGAGACACCCACUAGUGCCCGUGCUGUGACAGCGGAUUUGAUGGGACGUUUGUACAAUUUCAAUGUACGACCAGAAAACCGCGCAAUCAAGCAAUACGCACCUGGCAAGCGCGUAAAGGACGAUAUGGAUGCCGAAACAUGGGCAGGUGGUCGUUUCCGGCGACUUCUCCAUUGUGCUUACACUGUUGCAUUUGCUUGUCUUUUGCAGGUUGACGAAGUCCUCAAGAUACAAACCCACGAUGUCGAAAAAUUUGAGAAAGAUGGCGAAGUUAUUCUGAAGUUAACUCUUCCAUUCCGCAAAACUGAUCAGUUUGGAGACAUUCAACCGUUCUAUCUCCGUGAGUUGCCUGAGGAAAUGCGCCAUCUUUGCCCUGUUCGAGCGUGGGCAGAUUGGCUGGCUGCCAGUGAGAUUGAGGAUGGUUAUAUCUUUCGGCGGAUUGACAAGAGUGACCGGGUGGUUGGCGGUCAGAACAAACCAAUGACCUCUGCUCAGUUUCUUGAAGGAUUUCGCAACAACUUACUUGACAUUGGAGUGGAUCCUGCUCCAUAUGGUACUCAUUCUUUCAGGUGCGGCGGUUGUCAGUGGCUAUCGGUUGACCUUCGCUGGCCAAUUCGGAAGAUUUUAUCUCAUUUCAUGGAACGAUGA